AUGUCUCGCGUGGACAUCUCGUUUUGGAACCUCUAUAACACCUUGCCCGACGAGUUGAAGAUUCGAAUACUGCAAUAUGCAUUACACUUGUUCACGCACACGCCACUCGACUUGGUGAGCUCCCCCAAGUGUUUAAACGGUCCCUAUGACUACCUCCUCUCGCCGAAGUUUAAGGACUCAGAGAUCGCGAAGGAAGUUUUCUAUCGAAAUAACACCUUCUCCAUCGCACCGGCUACAACUGGUAAUAACGUGUUCAUUAUUCCACCAGAGCAGUACCGGAAAUUCAUACGCCAUAUCCAUAUUGGCAUCUUCCCGACCGAGCGCGAAUGGGCCAUGCUCUCGAACUUCAAACUAAAAGCCCACUUCCCGCGGCUCACGAGCUUGACUGUCAAAGUCGACUUCCGGUUCUGGCGCUCUAUAUGGGUCCGUACUUGCCGCCACGUGCUCUUGUCAAGCAGACUACUGAAUGGGUGCUACCGAUGCAGGGAGAAGCUUGGCACGCGUUUCAUGCGAGCAGAGGUUUCCCCUAUCCAUUUUGACGUACGCAAGUUGGAGGUCAAAAUCAUUCCAAAUGCACGUGUCCCGUUUAGCGGGUUGGCUCCGGCGCCUCGUCCAGCUGAGGCGAAGGCGUUUGCAUAUCUCAAGAGCACGUACGCACAGGACGAGUCUGAGGAGUCGGUUGUGUAA